CUACAAAAGCAAAACCGAAGAAGUCACCGGAAGCGGAACUGAGUCGCGGAGUCCUUACAGAGGCGUACGGUCCGCCAUUGUUAAGUAUUCAGUCUAAUGUGAUCACAACACGAAAGAAAACUACUCUUUUCAUCCACGGACUUACGUUCAACUAUUUAUUCGAAGCACGGAUGUGCAGGUGGUUUGGUGUUCCCACGGGAGAACCAUGGAGGUGAGCUUCGCCGGCGAGGUGUCGUCCAUCGUAGAGCUGGCCUUCCAGGCCACCGUGUCCCUCUUCAGGGACGUGUGGGCCAGAGAGGUGCCGGACUCGGAGUGGGAGGACGCCAAGCUCGGUGACGACAUCCAGGAGAUCGAGCGAGGGCUUCUGCUGCAGAUCCAGACCGUCUUCGCCGAGUUCUCCUCCGCCGUGUUGGAGGAGAACGAAGCUUUAAAGGCCAAAGUGGAGCAGCUGGAGGAUGUGGUCCAGACCAAGGCCGGCCAGCUGGAGCAGGAGCUGCAGGUCCGGGUGGGACAGCUGGGGAGAGACAUGAAAGAGCUGGAGCAGGAGCUGAAGAACCUCAGUGAUGGUGGAACACAGCCUGAAGCUCACCUCAGGAUGCAUGAGCGCACCCUGCAAGGAGUCCUAAGUCCCGACCCUUUGACAGACCGCCAGUCUCGAGCCGCCCAGAUGGUCUUGGUGAGCCAGAGCAGCGACGCUCCCACCCUGAUGCUACUGGAAGACGGAGACCACCUCGUCGAGCCAUCCCCGUCUUCCGCCGACGGCGUGGCCCAGCUUAACCUUCCGCCGGCGUCCUCGCCCGGAGACACGGGCCAAGAUGUCCCCAGUUCCGAUUGUUGUUCCAUCAGCACGGAGGACAUGCCACACGAGCAGUGCGCAAUGGACGAGAUCUCUUCAGGACAAGCACCCGGGAACGUGGAGCCCAGCUUCAAAGUUAAAAUAGAGUCACCUGAUAGGACCAUAGACGAGGUGAACUGUGAUCAGGCGGAAGGGCGAAGGCUCAGGAAAAAAGAGCCGCGGCCCAUCAAGAGGUUCUUCUGCGACGAGUGUGACGCCGCCUUCUACUGGCGAGCCGACCUGAAGAAGCACGAGGCGCUCCACAAGAGGCCGUUCCCGUGCGAGCAGUGCGGGAGGAGCUUCCUGGAGCAGAAGUCUUUGGACAACCACCUCCUGCGUCACGAAGAGUCCAAGACGCCGCUGCCCUUCCCGUGCCCGCUGUGCAAGCGUUCGUACCGCAAGGACCAGUCGCUGCAGAACCACCUCAAGUGCCACAAGCGCCACCAGCAGCCCAAGCCCUACACCUGCCAGCACUGCGGCAAGACCUUCCGUGUGGGCCAGUCGCUGGAGAACCACCUGCUGCGCCACGAGAAGUGGAAGGAGAUGCUGAAGUGUCCGCUGUGCGACAAGGUGUGCAAGACCCGCGUGCAGCUGCGGGGUCACAUGGUGGUUCACUCGGAGGAGCGGCCCUUCAGCUGCGCCACCUGCGGCAAGGAGUUCAAGAGCAAGGACACGCUGCGCUUCCACCAGAUGGUGCACACCAGCGACAAGAAGUACAAAUGUCCCGACUGCGAGGAGACCUUCAAGUACGCCCACUCGCUGACGGUGCACAAGAGGAAGCACACGGGCGUCACGCCGUUCGUGUGCGAGGUGUGCAAGCGCCCGUACCGCACCGGCACGGCGCUCAAGCGCCACAGCGCCGUGCACACGGGCGAGAAGCCGUUCACCUGCCACGUGUGCGGCGCCAGCUUCAGCCUCAACAACAACCUGAAGAGACACCUGCGCAUCCACACGGGCGAGAAGCCCUUCAGCUGCCAGGACUGCGGCAAGAGCUUCUCCGACAACAACAAGCUGAAGUCGCACAUGCUGGUGCACGGCGCCAGGAAGCCCUUCAUGUGCGACCUGUGCGGAAAGACCUUCCUCUUCAACUGCCGCCUGCAGAUCCACCUUAAGUACGUGCACGCCGACGGCAAGCCCAAGAAGUUCCCGGCCGCGCAGAGGAACAAGCUGCUGGUCAAGCCCUACAGCUGCAAGAUCUGCCUGAGCAGCUUCAGCGCCGCCUGCUCGCUCAAGCUGCACGAGAAAAGCCACAGCGAGCAGAAGGAGUUCAACUGCGAGCUGUGCGACAAAGCCUUCCACAACAAGUACUCCUUCCGAUACCACCAGAGGAGCCACCUGGGAGAAAAGCCCUUUGUGUGCGAGGUGUGCGGCAAGGGCUUCUUCCAAGCUGGGAGCCUCAAGCAGCACGAGCGCAUUCACACGGGGGAGAAGCCGUACAAGUGCGACCAGUGCGGGAAGGCCUUCCGCACCGACGGCAACUUCUACCGACACGUGCGCAUCCACACGGGGGAGAAGCCCUUCGAGUGCAGCUUCUGCCAGAGGAAGUUCCACCAGUCCAACCAGCUCAAGUCCCACCUGCAGGUCCACACGGGCCAGAAGCUCUACUCCUGCCAGCAGUGCGGACGCGGCUUCUCCGACUCGCGGCAACUCAAGAAGCACAGCUGCGUCGCGCCGCAGGAUGCGUGAGGGCCCUCUCGCAUGCUUCUUCAUCUCCUUCUGCUAGACGAGAACAUGUCCGAACACUUACUGUGCUUUUACACUCAUCAGAAAUGUAGAUUAUCUUGCAUCAUGUCUAAAAAAAGACUCUCAUGCUAAGUCUUUCACACCAAAAAUAUCUUUAAAGUUCACACUCGAAACUGACAAAUAUCUCAUUUUUAAACUACUUUGAACGAACUACUUGCAAUAUAUUCACCGUUUUGGGGGGUGUAUUACGUUUGUCUGUGCGUUGUCUUGCUGCUCUUACAGAGCAUGAUCGAAGACACAAAUAUUUUAUUUUGAAAUGAACAAAGCUUGCACUUCCGGUUGUGGUGUCCGUUUGCAAGUAGCAGCCUAAGAAGUCCCCUCUGCUCUCCUCUGUUAUGUCAGACCUUUUGCAAUAAAUCUGACGUGAAAAUGCCA